UUAUUCGCAUUUUAAAUAAUCAAGUAGUGCUUUUGUCGUUGUCAACAGAUCCAGCGAUGUAAAAUCGAAUUUUAGAAUUCUAACAAGUGUAUAUUUGUGGAAUACAAGUUUUCUUUCUUUCUGUAACACUUACUCCGCCUUAUUGGAAGUCUGAAAAUGAAUGUAACAAAGAUUCUUGUGUGCUGCAUCCUCUCAGUAUGUGUACCUGGAGUGUUUAUGGCGCCCCCUAGAAAUGUUAUUCAAAUGGAGGAAAAUAAAGUUGACAAAACAACUUUAAAACUCGAAAUAAAACCUCCAGUAGAACUACCUCCUCAACAAAACAAUCCAAAUGAUCAGUUAAAACUGGUCCAACAAAUACAACCAGUCCAGCAAAUACAACCAGUCCAACAAGCUCAACCAGUCCAACAAAUACAACCAGUCCAGCAAAUACAACCAGUCCAACAAGCUCAACCAGUCCAACAAAUACAACCAGUCCAACAAAUACAACCAGUCCAACAAAUACAACCAGGCCAACAAGCUCAACCAGUCCAGCAAAUACAACCAGUCCAACAAGCUCAACCAGUCCAGCAAAUACAACCAGUCCAACAAAUUCAACCAGUUCAUCAUGCAAAUGAUUUAGAAGAAAAAUCUAAAGUUUUAAAUGCCCCAUCUGAGAAAAGACUUUCUGUAGAAGAACUUAAGCCAGCAGAUCACCUUGAUGCUGUUAAACUGGAACAAGAUGGAAUGAUUAACAAAGAUUAUAAGAAAGAGAUUUUUAUAGGUAACCACGAGGAAAUUGAAGAUGAAAAUUUAGAAGUUGCAGAAUCUAAGCUGAAAGAUGUGUUUGCUAAGGUAGAUUCAGAUGGUAACAAUAAGCUGUGUAUAGAUGAACUACAAGAUUGGAUUGUCAAGAAAACUCUGGAACAUUUUAACGAGGCAUUAGAGGAGAAUGAUCACAUAUUUAGUCAUAUGGAUCCAACUGGACGAGGUUAUGUUGAAUGGAAGGAAUACUACAUUCAUUUCUUAUUAGCUAAAGGAUAUCCAAUUGAAAGAGCUAAAAGACAUGUACAAGACUACGAUGAGAUUGAGCUAGAUUAUGAAGCACAAGAUCAAAUUAGUAGAUACCAAUAUAAAUGGAUGGAAAUGGAGGGUGAAAGUUACGAUAACAGGCUGUCUAAAUUAGAAUUCUUUGCAUUUCGGCACCCAGAGCAAAGUGAUCAAAAUAUUCUGAAAAUGGCUAUGUCCGUUCUAGAGACGUUAGAUCAGAAUGGCAACAAAGUAUUGACAGAGGAAGAAUUUGUUUCCCUACCACUGGGUGAUGUUGAUGAUGAAGAACAGAAAAGACUCGACAAAGAGUGGCAGAAAGAACGAGGAGAGGAAUUUAGAAAUCAGAUUGACUUUGAUCAUAAUGGUGAAGUAACUAUAGGUGAAUUAAAGCGCUACAUAGAUCCUAGAAACCCCGACAACGCCAAGUCCGACACAAAGAUUCUUCUAGAGGAGAUGGACGAUGAUAAUGACAAAUGUCUGUCAUGGAAGGAGGUCGAGAAUCACAAGGAUAUGUUCAUACAGAGUAAAAUCGUCAAUGUGCGCAGAAUACUUCAUGAUGAAUUCUAAAACUCUUUUACAAACUUAACUUGACCUACUUAAAUUCUGUCGAAAUCCACUCGUAGACAAUAUUUUACACAAAUCUGGGAUUUGUAUGUAUAAGAACUUUUGUAUGUUUUAAGAGAUACAGUAUAUUGAUUUAAGUUCUUAUUACUGUAUAUGAUAUUUUAAACAUUUAUAACAGUGGGAGUAAGGCCCAUUUACUGUACAUGGGAAAAGGUUUUGUAGCUGUGUGCCUUUGAGAAAUUUAAUCAGUGACUUUAUGGUGAUAUCAGACCAGUUAAAGUUUGUUACACAAAUUAAAAGUUUAGUACUGUAUUUGUUAUAUAUUAUGUUAUGAUAAUGUUAUUAAUGUUGUUAGUUGUUAACAUUAUCACCAUCAAGUGAGUUUUAACAAUGAUCAUGUGAAACAGUAAGCUAUUAAAAAAAACAUUUUGACAUAAUUUAUGUUACAAGACAUUAGAUAUGAAAAUAAAGAGUUGUAGAAUUUUUGCAACACAAGGAUUUGAACAGAAAAAAUGUAGGGGUUAAAGGUACAAAAGCCACAAUUGCUGAAAUUAUAAGAACUAUACCAAAGUAUUGUAAUGGAACCAAAGGACCAUAAUUGAAAGAAAUCUGUACAUUAUCUAAAUUUCUAUUAAACAAUGCAGUGUAAAGGCAAACAGAAAGGUACAUGCAUCAAUAGCAAUUAAUUCAAAAUGUUUUAUUCCCUACUAAUUCAUAAAAUCCAUUAAAGGUCAAUAACAUGGAGGGUAAAGAAAAAACGUGAUAAAAGUCUAGUUUAAGAAAUUUCUCUAGUUAUGCUUUACUCUCAUUGAAGGCUUUAAAGAAUUUAGAUAUACAAGCGUGUUCUAUACCAACUUAAAUCAGUUAUAAAUUACAUGUAGUAAAGCUGACCGUUUUGAUGGCUUACCUUUGUCUGGGGUUAAAUUAAGCCUGUUAAUGUUGAGACUGAAUGUACCCGUGUGACCAGUGCUGACCAAGACUGACCGGCAUGUGUGUGACAUCUGAUUAUGAUCCGUACUGUUGGCCAUUUAUUCAAUACUUAUUUUGAAAUUUUACCUAAAAAUGAUGAAUGGUUUUGUCUAGAUUAAAAGAUGGGCAAGUCAAUUUUAAGAUAUUUAGCAUGGUAAAGGUCAAAUACAAAAUUUUAUUCAGUUAUAGAAAGCUGAAUAUAUCUCGAUGUUUGUAAAUCCAUUGGUUUUAAUUAAUAUGUAGUUACCAUGACUUGAAAUUAAAGUAACAGAAACUAGUGACAAUAAUGUGGGAAUCAUUAUCUUGGUUUAUUAUAAAACUUUGCUGUAAAUGUAACACAGAUGAGCCACGUCACGACAAAACCAACAUAGUGGGUUUGCGACCAGCGUGGAUCCAGAACAGCAGUCUGAUCAGGAUCCAUGCUGUUCGCUUACCAACUCUAUUACAAGUAGAGAAACUGAUAGCGAACAGCAUGGAUCCUGAUCAGACUGCGCGAAACCCACUAUGUUGGUUUUGUCGUGACGCGGCUCAGAUGUUCUAAAUUUAUAUAUAAAUGGUUAUAAAAGUGGGUUUUGAUUAUAUAUGUAUUUGUUUUGAGGGAAUAAUUUUUCUUGUUUGUACAAUUCUUUGGUAAAGCUUUAACAUUUGAAUUUUUUUUUUUUUUUUUUUUUUUUUUUUUUUUAUAUAAAUUAGAAUGAUGAGAAUGAGUGUCUUAAUUGACUCCACUGAUUUUUUUACCAUGAUGGGACUAAAAAUAAGUUUGGAGAUUUAUGUUCAGUUAAACUCAAAUUAAUUAGGCUAAGAAUCACACUUGAUGUUGAUUUUCUAUUUAAUCCUUAGUACUUUGUUUUAUUAUCAUUUUAAUAUCUUUCUAUUUCAAGUUCUCCAGGUGAUCUAUGUUUAUGAAAGAUUUUCAAAUUUAAAUGGUCGUAAAUUCUAUGUUUAUGAAAGAUUUUCAAAUUAAAUGGUCGUAAAUUCUAUGUUUAUGAAAGAUUUUCAAAUUUAAAUGGUCGUAAAUUAUCUGUUUGUCAGGUCUCUUAAUCUUUCAUCUCUUAAAUUUAGUCCUUAGAUCAUUAGAUAUCAAAGUCCCUUAUUAGUUAAGUGCAAUGUUUUCACAGCAAUCAAAAGUAUAAACUUAUCAGGAUGUUGAUUGCAUUAAUUGUCCUGGUUUAUGACACAAUGGAUGCUCGGAAGUCCCUAAUUUAAUGUUUAUUCUGUACCUAUUCUAAAAAUUCAUUUUUAUUUCCUUGAUAAAUGAAUUUAUUUAAAUACAAUUAAUAAGACAGUUUUUAAUACUUGGACAAUUUUAAACGAUCAGAGAAGAUAUACAUGUACUUUUACUGUAUAUGCCAAUUUUCAUGACCACUCAGAGAUUUCUAUGUUGUCAUCAUGAUGUUAUGUCACCAAAAUUUUUGUAUAAUUGCGGUGACAAAUUUGUUUUUGUGUUUUGUUAACAUUCCAUUAUACCUUCACAAUGCAUUGUAACAUAUCAAACAAAAAAUGUGAUUGUUUUUGUAAGUGCAAUGUUAUUUUUUUGUAAGCUCAUGUUACCUCAUAUGAGAUGAUAUGAUAUAUCAGGAUCGUUGUCUGUCCGUUGUCUGUCCUUUAUCUGUCUGUUGUCUGUCCGUUAUCUGUGUGUAACAUUUUUGUUUCUUUUAUAGUAAAGCUCAGUUUAUUUUGAGUUGAACCAAAUUUGCACAGACAUUGUAUAUAAACAGUAAAUGUAAGUCCUUUUCCUUAGCCGCCUUAAGUGCAUCGUCCGAAGCCACGGUACACAUUUGUAUAUACUGUCUAUCAAUAGUGGUAAACAGUAAAUAGCCUGGGUUAUCAAGGAUGCCUUAAAUGAUCAGAUGUGUUGAACGGAUAUAUCGCUGCACUUAAUGUGUUACAUGGCCUGAUAGCGGAUAUAUCGCUGCACUUAAAGUGUUACAUGGCCUGAUAGCGGAUAUAUGGCUGCACUUAAUGUGUUACAUGUCCUGAUAGCGGAUAUAUGGCCUGCACUUAAUGUGUUACA